AUGAAGAACAUUUCCAACAAACGGAUAAUCAAAGAUCUUAAGCUUCUUCUUGAGGAAGUGGAUGCAAAUAAUGAAGCCAACAGCAGCGGUAGCCCACAUUCCACGGCUAUUUUUUCUGUCGAUACGGACACAAUCUAUAAUUGGAUACUGAAGGUGAAAGCCCCCGCCGAUAGCGUCUACGGUGGCGCCGGUAACACAUAUCAACUUUCGGUACUCUUCUCUGACGACUAUCCGCAUGAGCCACCAACUGUGCGUUUUGUUACCCCGGUGUACAGCCCAUUAGUGACAGGAGAAGGUGGAAUUUGUGAUCGGAUGGUUAACGACUUCUGGACUCCGGACCAGCAUGCCUCAGACGUCAUCAAACUUGUAUUGGACAGGGUAUUUUCUCAAUACAAGAGCCGCCGUGAUGAUGAUGUGAAUCCUGAGGCGCGUCAUUAUCUAGAAAAAUUUCCGCAGGAUUUUGCCGCACGAGUACGACGAGGACGUGGAUAA